AUGCUGUCUCAAUACACUCUUUCGGCACUGGCGGUGCUGGCAUCGCUUGCCCAGCCUGCGGUCGCUCAAGUUUCGACGAAAUGUAAUCCGAUGAACACGACCUGUCCUGCCGACCCGGCUUUUGGCAUGGACUACAACUUCAACUUCAACUCUACUCCCUCGACUGAUGCCUGGGAAACCACUGUUGGCCCCGUUACGUACACCUCGGAUAAUGGCGCUGAAUUCACGAUUAGCAAGCAAGGCGACUCUCCGACAAUUCGAUCCAAGUUUUACUUCUUCUGGGGCCGUACUGAGAUCCACAUGAGGGCCGCCAAGGGAAAGGGUAUUGUGAGCUCUAUGAUGUGGCUCAGCGACACCUUGGACGAGGUUGAUUGGGAAUUCCUUGGAAUAAAGAACGACGCCUUGAGCAACUUUUUCGGCAAAGGUGUUCAGGACUGGCACAACGGUGCCGAGCACCCUGUGACGGGUAGCAUCCAGGACGACUUUCACAACUAUACCUGCGUGUGGACCAAGGAGAAGCUUGAGUGGUGGGUCGACGGCAACAACGUUCGCACUCUUCUCCCCAAGGACGCCAACAACUCCCUGGCCUAUCCCCAGACUCCCAUGCGCCUCAGUCUCGGUAUCUGGGCUGGUGGAGAUCCCCGCAUGGCUGCGGGUACUAGAGAAUGGGCUGGAGGUGACACCGACUACGCCGCCGGACCGUACACCAUGUAUGUCAAGUCUGCGCAGGUGACGGACUACAGCUCCGGAAAGGAGUACUCUUUUGGAGACAAGACGGGCUCCUGGGAGAGCAUCAAAAUUGCUGCCGGCAACUCAACUGUCAAGGAAGCUCUUCUGGAAGAACCUAGCAAGUCUGUGAGCGAAAAGUUCAACGAGCUCAGCCCAACCGCCAAAACGGCUGUAUACGCUGGAGGUGUCGGCGUAGGCUGUGCUCUGAUUGCCUUUGGUCUCUGGUACUUCAUCCGCCAGCGUAGACGUGGCGCCAACGAGGCAAGCCUUGCCGCCAAGAGAGCCGAAGAAGAGCGUCUCGAGCUUGAGGGCUUCCACAAGCGCGGCGUCGACCCUGACUCGUUUGCUGGCGCGACAGGCACCGAGUACAAUGCUGGCGCAUUCAGCAAGAACGGCAUGGUCCAGGAGAACACAUACAGCAUCCCGGCAUCUCAGGAAAAGGGCGCGUGGGGUGCCGCGCCCAUGGCCGCGGGCGCCGCUGGGGUUGGUGCUGCAGCUGGCAUGCGAUCAUAUAGCGACAACCCGAAUGGCCACGGCCAGCUCAUGUCUCCCUUGCGUACCCAAAGCCCUGGAAUGCCGCCUUCGGGUCCCCUGCCUAUGGCCCCGAGCCGUAGCGCAUCGCAAGGAGGUUACUCUCGCCUCGGCUCACCUGACGGCCAACAAAGCCCUCCCCCGCCGAUGAGCCCGCCUUCGCAUGGAUACAGCGACCAUGGAUUCGGCGCGCAGCAAGGCUACAACAAUGGCGGUUAUGGAGGCGCGAAUCAGGGAUACUUCAACAACGGUGGCGCCCAGGGAGGUUUCCGGUAG